CUACUUUUUUCCCGUAAUUUCCAAGUAAAGGGUUAAGGGCUUCAGUUGCUUAAGACUACAAUUAAAAAAAAAAGUUUAUUCUGUUCAUACUAAUUUCUUUAUCAGUUCUGGAUUUCUCUCAUCUCCUUGCACCUUAGCAUCAGAUUCAGUCACUAAUAACAAGCUUAGCUUGCUGGAUUGGUACUGCAAAGGAACUAUUCUACUAAGAUUUCGGCAACCCAAAAUUAUUUUAUUGAGAAGUAAUGUAUCCCGGUGGGUAUACUAUUGAGGUGACUACAUUGUCUCCUAGAGCAACAGAGAAAGAUUUGCGGGACUUUUUCUUGCAUUGUGGUGCAAUUGAACACCUUGAAAUUAUCAGGUCUGGUGAAUAUGGAUGUACUGCUUAUGUGACAUUUAAAGAUGCUUACGCGUUGGAAACUGCUACCUUACUCAGCGGAGCCACCAUUGUUGAUCAACGAGUGUGCAUCACACGUUGGGGAUCAUAUGUAGAUGAAUAUGACCCCUUUGAUGCUUCUUGGAGAAGAUCAGACAACUCCAAUGACAUGGGAUAUCAGAGCAGCGCAUUUGUUUCUACCCCUGGAGAAGCGGUAACAAUGGCUCAGGAAGUUGUCCACACUAUGGUAGCCAAAGGCUAUGAUUUAGGCAAGGAUGCUUUAACAAGGGCGAGAGCUUUUGACGAGUCUCAUCAGGUUUCGGCUACAGCAGUUGCUAAAGUCGCAGAGCUGAGCAAUAAAAUCGGGCUUACCGGAAAAAUAUAUGCAGGUAUGGAAGCUGUUAAAUCUGUGGAUGAAAAGUACCAUGUUUACGAGACAACAAAAUCUGCUGCGUUGUUCACCGGAAGAACAGCAGCUUUUGCUGCCACAGCCGUUGUCAACAGCAGCUAUUUCUCUAAAGGAGCUCUUUGGGUAUCCGAUGCUCUGAGCCGAGCAGCCAAAGCCGCAGCUGAUUUGGGUACUCCAGCUAGUAGAAACUAAAUUUACAUGUUAUUAUGUAAAAAAUGUAUAGCGUCUCCAUAUUUAAAUUGAGGGGGUACCUGUUGGUCACCGAGAUUUGUGAGUAGUGCUAGCGAGUUGAACACAAGAAACUCUUGGUUAAUAAUAGAUAUCGGUUUGCAAAAUCGUUCAUCGAGUGUAAACUACUAAAACCAAACCGUUAAAAGUGAUUUUGCUAUUAUCUCUUAAAUCAAUAUAUAUAAACAUUGGUUUUCCGUUAAUGGCA